AUGGAGAGCUCCAGCUUCAGCUUCGAGCCCAUUGUGCAGCCCGGCGCGUUCCCCGUCGGCAGGGAUGCCUUAUCGCCUCAGGCCGAUGGCGGGGACGGGGGCUUCGCGUUUUCCAUCUUCGGAAAGGCUUCCGGGGCUGGAACCCUCGGUCCUGCCCCUGCUCUUCGAGUUGAUGGCGGUGACAGGGACCCACCCGUGGGGGUGCAAGAAGUUGAGGAAAUGGCGAUCAUGCCUGCUGGGGCUGUUGCGAAUCCCUCAUUUGCACCCCAGGAGGACAAGAGCGAUGGCCAAGUUAAUGCUGUGGGGUCGCCCAAGUCUGGGACAAUGCCAGCAGAUACUAACUUCUGUUUUCAAGCCAGGCCAGUGGCCAUGGACGCCGCGGAGAAGGUGGUGAGCCAAGAGGUGGUGGAGGCCGAGGUCAAACCUGCGGCGUCGUCUGGUGGAUGGGACCCUGUGUUUCUGCAGGCAAAUCAGGCCGCUGCUGAUAGGACAAGGGAGGCAGCCCUGGAAUUGAUUAGGCAGACAGCAGCAACGGCUUCUAAAGCAGCUGCGGCCGUAGAGCCAGCCCCAGCAGUGGGGUCCAAGGAAUCUUCGGAGGCAGAGGGCACACAAGACAGCACAGCAGAGGCCACUGAAGAAUUCACUGAUUCCGGGACUGCUGAAGGAGAAGAGGAGGAUGACAACAGGGCAACCUCAAGGGACUCAGAGAGUGGAGCAAGGGGACAGAUUGAUGACAGCAGGGAAACGACAAGAACACCUGAUAGCACAGAUAUGGUACAGAAAGGUGGCAGUCGGGAAACCUCAAGGACUCUGGAGAGCGGGGAAGAGGAAGACAUUGAUGAGAGUGGAGGGACCUUAAGGACCACUGGGAGAAUUGAGGGGGAAGUGGAAGAUGGCCGUCAGGAAGUCUCGGCGACCCCGACUCCCUUAUUUCCUGUACCUAGCUUGCUGAAACCUACUUUUCAACUUGGAUUUGGGUCUCCUGUGACUACAUCGCCCCCUCAGCUAACCCCCGCACUUAGACGAAGGAAUGUGCUACCGUUCAGCUUCCAAUUGCCUUCAUGCGGCAGUCCAGCAGAAACAGUAGAGCCUCCAAAGGGGAUGAUUGCCGAUAAAGUCCUUCCUGCACCAGCCCCUGCGGCUCAGCCGAUGUCUGCACCCAUGUUUGGCAUCAGCACACAGUCUGACCUGAAAGACAGUUCUUCAAGCAUUUUGGGGGGCCUGGCCAAGGCAUCGGCAACAGAGGUGUUUAAUUUUGGAGCAAUGCCAGGCUCAAGUGCAGAUCCUGCACCCCAGGUGAAAAAGGGUGACGUGGGAACUGCUUCCGGAAACCUGUUCGGGCUUCCCCCUCCAGCAUCCUCUUCACCGUGUCAAUCCCAGGCUGACUCAGCUCCUGAGCCCUUCUCGUUCGGAGGGGGCUCACUGGGUUUUCAAUCUCAGGGAUCGCAAUCUCAGGCUGAAGCCAAUGCAUCAUUCAUUCUCACUCAAUGCGAAGAGCCAGCCGCUGUGAAGGGGCAGACUCCAGCCUUUGGGGCUGUGGCACCGCUUUUUGAUGCAGGACCUGCUGCGCCAACAGCACUUGGCAGUGUAGCCCCUGAUGUGAUGGAUGCCAGGCCAGACAACGACUUGGCAGGGGGUCCCACCUCUGCCACUUUUGUCUUCAACUCCAUGACAGCUCCAUCAUCUUCAGCUGCCCCAUUCGCUGCAAAUGCAUCGGAUCCGAUGGCGACAGAGGAUCCUGAAGUCGGUGGCCAGGACUCCACAUCAGGGCAGGCUAGUGCAGUGCCCAGCCUGGCAGCAGCCUCUGGCACAAGUAACGCCACCAAUCCAAUACCCUUGUUUGGUCAAGCCCCUUUGUUUGGUGGAUCGCAGCUGGGCACAUCGUUUGGGCCAGCCUUCGGGUCGACCGUGGGUGGGUUUGCGACUGGCGCUACAGGGUUCACAGGAUUUCAUGCAGUCCCACCUGCUGGUAGCCCAGCCAGUCAGCCUGUCUUUGGCACCUUUGGAUCGGCACAGCAGGGCACAGGCUUGGGGACCACAACCUUUGCUGGAUUGGGGGCUAGCACAGGAGCUGUGGGUAGCUCCAGUGCACCUGUCUUCCAGUUUGGCAACCAGCUCUCCAAUUCUGGCAGUCAACCUGCCGGCAUCCAAUCCUUGCAGCAGGGGUUUGUGUUUGGUUCGUCUCAGUCAGGUGGCAGUCAGCCCCUCGUGAAUUUCAGCGUCAACCAAGGGCCUCCAGUCUUUGGAUCGCCGUCUCUGCAGUCCCGGCAAGGGAGCUCCCAAAACAACCCCUUCUCCCUGGGUCAGGACCCAGAUCCGUCCAAUGGCAGUGCCAGUGGGGCCCGCAGGCGAAUGAGAAUCAAGAGGAGCAGACGGCCGUAG